AAACCUUAUCUGCAUCAUGCAUGAAGCUAUUGUCCGCUGCUCUGAAGUACUCCGGGCUCUGCUCUUUCUCAAGUGAACUCAAAUGGCUUCCACUUUCUUCAGAACUUAUACGCUCACCAACAGACGCGCAGAUCCUAGUCCACCAACAACGUUGUUGCCCCAGAAAAUCUCUCCCUCAUAUCUCCAACUUCCCACGCACGAACCCAUUUGCCGCAUCACUCUCUGCCCUCGAACGCUUCCUCGGAGACCCCGAGCCAGCAAGCUCUCUCUUCAAGCUUCUCUCUCUUCUCCAAACCCACCAGCCUCAAGGGAAGAAGCCAUAAGGCAAGCCAGGACUUGCCUCUCCACCACCUUGGAGAAGCCUCUCAACAACCCCAAGCUCGCCGGCAAGCUCAAGAAGCUGAAGCAACCCAGGUUCAGGGUCGAGAUCCCAGUCGUCGAUGACUCGCCCGAGUCGCUGUCCCAGCUCGUUUCCGACGUGUUCCAAGACUUGCCCGUGAAAAGAAAAGGCUCUCCUGUCAAGAUUCUGUUCUUAUGGCCUGACAAACAAUCUUCAGCCGGAGGCUUUAAAUCGAAUUCAGCAAGUCGGGUGGCGCAUACGGACGUAUCAUCAGUUACAGAGGAUGAUGAUGUCCAGAUCUUCAAUUCUGCUGAUGUGGUGGUCGUUUUAGCUCCAGGACCUUCGCAGUUGAAUGUGGUGAAAGAAUCGACUGAGAUAGCGUACCCGAAGCCGGUUGUGCUGUUCAAUCCCAAAUGGGCAUUUGAUGAAGAGGAGAAUUUUGGUGAGCUCAGGAGUUUUGUGGGAUCAUUUGAGGUAAUUUAUUCCUUCAUGGGCUUGGAAGUUAAGGGAAUUUUGAGCAAGAGGAAAGGCGUGAUCUUUAAGUGCGUUAGAGAUGGGGUCGUCAGUGGGGAGAGAUGGGCUGUUCUUGUCGAAGAAGAAGAAGAAGAAGAAGGGAGUUUGAAGGUGGUUUCGAGGUUCAAAUCUCGGCCAUCCAUCGGUGAAGUCGAAACCGUGUUGUAUAAUUUGAUGGCCAUCAAUUCGCCUAUUGCCAAGUCUGCAAAGUUCUUGAAGGAGCUUGUGUCCAAUGUAACCGGGAGAAAGUAGCAUUUCUUUUGUGGCAAAAAGAAUAGAGUUCAAUUUUUGGUUGUUUACAUAUGAUGCCUCUCACUCUCGAUUGACUAUAGAAUUCUGUGCUGCAUUUUAUCGGUUGAUUGCUCCUAACAAGAAGUCUGGACCAAUUUAAGGAUGUCUGUUUUCUUAUUUGUUCCUUUGCUGGUUGUCUGAGAAUAAUUUCAUUUUAA